AUGCUCACCAAGUCCGAAAUGACGGAGAUCGGGCAGGCCGAACACAGAGAUCUUGAACAUAACCACGAAGUUGACAAGCGACAUGUGCCACUGGAUCUGGAUGAUCCACACCGUGCAGCACUCGAGGACAAUCCUGAGCAUGCAGAAAAACUGACAUGGACCACGCUGCUCGCUGUCAUCUCCUUGUCAUUCAGCUACGUCUGCCCUAUCUCUUGCGGCUUUGUCCUUGUGACCGGCAUCCUCGUACCACUUGGUGUGGAACUUGGUGACACCGAAAACAUUUCCUGGAUUGUUGGCGGUUGGUCCAUUGCAUCAUCCAUCAGCUUCUCCGUGGCCGGAUCCAUCUCCGAUAUUUUCGGAAGACGGUGGACCAUCGUUUGCGGUGAAGUGCUGUCUAUUAUCGGGUCGAUUGUAGCCUGCACGUCUUCAACAACGCUGACUGUGGCGGCUGGGUCCACGGUCAUUGGCUUUGGCUGUGGUAUAGUCUUCGUUUCUUAUGCUGGUAUCCAAGAGCUGGUGCCCAACAAGUGGCGCGGGCUUCUUGGUCUCACGGAAUGUGCCAUGACUAUCCCAUGGGCUAUUGCUGGCGUCUUGAUCGCCAAUGCUUUGCAAUCAAACACUGCCGCUGGCUGGCGAUGGUGCUACUACAUCGGUAUCAUUUUCGGCGUCCUCAGCACGGCAGGAACUAUUGUCUUCUAUUUCCCACCGUCACGGCCACAGUACGAUUUUGACAAGACGAGAUGGCAGGAGAUCAAGGAGAUCGACUACAUUGGCUUCCUACUCUACACGGCCGGCUUGACUAUCCUGCUCAUUGGUCUAACCUGGGCAGGUAGCGCCAAUCAUCCGUGGACGUCUGCCUCGACUAUUGCACCCAUUGUCGUCGGAUUUGUUACUCUUAUCGCCUGCUUUGUGUACGACUUCACCGUGCCUACACGUCCAUUCUUCCCUCUGGAGUUAUUUCGAGAGAUUCGUGGUUUUACUGUUCUCCUUGUGGUUGUCUUUGUGGCCGGCGUGGUGUUCUACUCCAUGGCAGGCCUCCUCCCGCAGGGAUCGCUAUAUAUGUUUACGCCCGAUUCUAUCCAGAUCGGUAUCAUCGCCCUACCCAACGGCAUUUCUCAGUUCCUUUUUGGAGGCGUCGCAACCAUUCUCAUGGGGAAGGUCGGCCAUUUAAAGCUGCAGGUCAUCGUGAUGCUCAUGAUACAGACUGCCGCGACUGGCGCCUAUGCUGGCGUCAUACCAGGCAAUCGAGCGGGCUGGUCGGCACUGCAAUUCCUUGGCCAAGGUGCUUUUGCGCUCAUCACUCUCCUGUGCUACGUCAUCGCAGGUCUCAACGUUCCUCUCCGCCAUCUCGGCGUGGCCUCAGGCUUGAUCGGAACCUUUCGUAGCGCAGGUGGUAGCGUGGGCAACGCCGUUUUCAACACCAUUUUGAAUGGUCUAAUCAAGGAACAGAUCCCAGCUCGCCUAGCUCAGGUCGUCGAGGAGAACUCCAUGCCAGCAGACACUCUGGCCACGCUUAUUCCCGCGACCAUGCAAAACGCCCUGGGCAUUCCAAAUUCUUUCGCCAAGGUGCCUGGAAUCACUCCCCAAGUCGAGGCUAUGGCUGCCACUGCGUUCAAGGAGGCAUAUGCAUUCGCCUUCUCAAGAGUAUUUUACGCAAGCAUUCCGUUUGGAUGCCUGGCGAUCAUCGCCGCUCUAUUCAUUUUGGAUCCUUCGAAAUACCUUACAAACCACACAGCCGUGAAGAUGGAGCGCGAGGGUAUGGCAGGCCGCAAGACAGUCAGUACUUAA